AUGGAGAACAUCCAUACUUGCGGAGACAAUGGAUUCGGUCCUCGAGUGGUCCACUGCCGAGGGGACUUCGACUUCACCCUACUGUUUGAAGAAUGCUUCUUCUCGAUCGCUCCUUCAGCAUUACUUCUCCUUGUGCUUCCAUUGCGCUACAAACAGCUAUGGAAACAUCGGACCGCCAUCGUCUCUCAAAGCUGGGCAUACUGGGCUAAACUGGUUUCGGCUCAAGCCUUUGGUGCAUUGCAAUUUUCACUUCUAGUUCUAUGGCUCCUCCCUCACACGCCACGGACGCAGACUUCCCUGGUAGCUGCGGUUCUGACCUUCAUCACAUCUGUUGGCCUACUGUUCCUAUCACAUCUGGAGCACCUAUAUUCUGUGCAGCCCUCUUCUCUUCUGAAUCUUUUCCUAUCAUGGACAAUUGUCUUUGAUGCCGUACGUGCAAGGAGUCUGUGGCUGGCCUCGUACACCGUUCUUGCUGCUCUCUACAUAGCGAGUAUUGCGGUCAAGUUGCUCUGGUUCUUUCUGGAGACAAGGCCAAAACUGGCCGAUUUCGUGAACAAAACCAUGCAAUAUGGCGACGAGGAAACCAAGGGCUUUUAUAAUCGCGCCUUCUUCUGGUGGGUUAAUCCUUUGCUCUUCCUCGGGUUCAAGCAGUCAAUAUCCCUCGAGGAACUGCCGUACCUUGAUCGGGCUCUUUCUGCAAACGAAUUACAUCGGAAAUUUUCAGCGCAAUGGAUUGCAAUGCCGAAAACGUAUGAAAAUGCAUUAGCCUAUUGCGCUGUCCGCACAUUCAGAGCUUCGGUCUUUUACUCUUUCCUGUCGAGGCUCAUGAGAAUUGGGCUGGAUUAUACGCAACCUUUUCUGAUAUCCAGAUUAACUAUCUAUGUUGGCCAGAAGAAUUCUAGUAAAGACGAUGGGUAUGGCCUGAUUGGUGCAUUUGCACUGGUCUUCAUACUCAAAGGCGUCAUGAACUGUCUUUACGAGCACUAUGUAUUUCGUCUCAUAACGCAAAUACGCGGUGCUCUCGUAUCUGUCAUCUAUGAUAAGACACUUGAGCUGAAAUAUGACGAGUACACUGACUCGGCAGCGCUGACUCUUAUGAGUAAUGAUAUGGAUAACAUUGCAUCGGGAAUCCAGAAUGCGCAUGAGGUCUGGGCGAGUCCUAUAGAAGUGGGCAUUGCACUAUACCUGCUGCAACGUCAGGUAGCUUGGGCUGCUACAGUUCCUGCCGUCCUUUCUAUCGUGGUCUUCUGUUGCACCCAUUUGUUGUCGAAGUCCGCACCAGGAAGACAAAAGAUAUGGAUGCAGGCUGUCCGUGAAAGGGUUGCAUUUGCUUCGAGUUAUCUCGAUGCGAGUGUAACUAUCAAGAUGCUUGACCUUCAGCAUCAUUUCUCUAGAAUGCUACAGCAACUCCGCAUUGACGAGCUUGAUCGACAGUCGAAAUUUCGCCACCUGAUGGUGAAAAUGAAUUUGCUCGCGGGCACAACAACUAACCUCAGCCCUGUUCUCACACUCAGCCUUUUUACUGGUGUUGCACUCCAUACCGGACGAAGUCCAUUGACAGUGGCUCAAACGUUCGCAUCUCUGUCAAUAAUUUCUCUAUUAAGCGGUCCUUUGUCAAACCUGGUCUAUUCCGGGCCCAAGGCUAGUGCGGCUUUGGAAUGUUUUCAAAGGAUUCAGGCUUACUUGCUAGCAAGCCCCAGGCUUGAUGAUCGAUUUAUGUCGCAAGGCCAUCCUAAAUGCUUCAAGCAUACAAAUUGGGCUGAAAUUAACGCCGAGGGGACAGUGACCAUGGAGCUUCAGCCUCCAAAACCAUCGGAUCGAGAACUUCUGCACGGUUCUGUCGCAGCUGAGUCGGACUUGCUGCAUAUACACCAGGCUGAUUUUGGUUGGGAUCGGAAUUUGCCAGCUACAUUGUUGAACAUCGAGCUGAAAUUUCCUCCUUCAUCGCUUACCAUAAUUACUGGGGCCGUUGGAUCAGGAAAGAGCACUCUGCUUCAAGCGAUUCUCGGCGAGGUUCCCUGCAUGAAGGGCUUCAUUUACAGCAAUGUUUGCGAAAUAUCUUUUUGUAGUACCAAGGUCUGGAUUCGCAAUGGAUCCAUCCGUGAUAACAUUUGCCAACCCUUGCCUUUUGAUGAGCAAUGGUACCGAACAGUGCUCUAUUCCACUGCGCUUGACCAAGACAUCGAGAGCUUUGCCCUCAAAGAUCACACAGUCAUUGGCAGUAAUGGUAUGGCAACUAGUGGCGGACAAAGACAACGGAUUGCUAUUGCCCGUGCUAUCUAUGCACGCAAGCAGCUAGCUCUUUUCGAUGACGUCUUAGGUGCUCUAGAUGCGAAAACUUCAGAGCAAGUCUUUCAGCGCAUUUUCGGGACACAGGGCAUCUUGCGCCGUCAUGGAGUUGCUGCUAUCUUAGCCACUCAUGACCAGAAACUUCUUGCCUUUGCUGAUAAUGCUGUCUUGCUUCGAAACGGAGUGAUUACGGAACAGGGUCCUCCGCAAUUGCUCCAAUCACGGGAUCUAUCGGAUGGACCAGCAGCCAAUUCACGAUCAACCGACGAGCGCCAAGUAGCAUUGCCAAAUCAGGCAGCUCCAGGCAUUGCGUCUUCAAAUGCUGACGAUAUGAACAGGAAGACAGGCGACAUGAGUAUAUAUGCAUACUACCUCCAAGCUGCCGGCCCUUGGCAUGUAUCAAUCUAUUUUGUUUCCUUGAUUAUAGGAGUGUUUUGCUCUCAAUUUCCCAAUCUUUGGGUCCAAUGGUGGGGAGAAGAAAAUGCUCGGACGCCGUUCGGAAGGCUUGCCCUUUAUAUCAGCGUAUAUGCUGUUCUGGCCGCUGUAGGAGCUGCACUGUGGGCAUGGUGCAUGUGGCUGGUCUUUUGCCGCAUUGUCCCCGCGUCCUCCAACAGGCUCCAUGAUUAUCUGGUGAUGAAGGUUAACAAGGCUCCUUUGCAUUGGCUCACCUCCACAGACAGCGGUAUCGCCCUGAAUCGCUUCAGUCAGGACAUGACUCUAAUUGACCGAUCACUUCCUGCUGACUUUCUUAAAACAUCGCGGAACUUCACACAAUGUUUAAUGAGCGCUGUAUUUAUCUGCGUUGGUGCUAAAUAUAUGGCUCCUCUGAUUCCCCUAUCAGCCAUUGUGGUUUACUCAAUCCAGAAAUUCUACCUCCGAACAUCACGACAACUUCGUCAUCUGGAUCUCGAGAGCAAGUCACCACUGUACACCCAAUUUACCGAGACGCUAAAUGGACUUGUCACUAUCCGUGCAUUUGGCUGGCAAGACAGCUUCCGUGAAGAGCACCAGGAAUUGCUCCAAAGAUCGCAACGGCCCUACUAUAUGCUGUUUGUCAUACAGCGUUGGCUUAUCCUUGUUCUAGAUCUUUGUGUUGCCGGCAUUGCAAUCUUGCUAGUGAUACUCGCUGUCUUUGUGCGCGAGAUUGGGCCAAUAGGUGUUUCACUUAUCUCACUAAUCACAUUCAGCCAGCAGCUGUCGGAAUUGAUCAAUUUCUGGACAUCCAUGGAAACCAGUAUUGGUGCAGUUACACGCAUACGCAGUUUUCAGAAGGUUCCCUCAGAGGACCUUCCUGGUGAGGAAGCAGUUCCUCUUGCUGAUUGGCCAUCAGCCGGCCAUAUAGCUUUCCAAAAUGUCAGCGUAUGCUACGAACUGGACUCUCCACCUGUUCUUCAACAACUAACCCUGACUGUCCCUGCUGGAUCCAAGCUAGGGGUAUGUGGGCGUUCUGGAAGUGGGAAAAGCUCUCUACUUCUUGCCAUUCUUCGCAUGGUGGAGAUACAAAGUGGUGAUAUUACUAUUGAUGCCGUGAGUCUACAGUCAUGCCCUCGUGACAUCAUCCGCAGUCAAGUUACAGUGAUACCUCAAGAGCCCGUCCUCUUCCGGGGCACUAUCCGUGACAAUGUCACUGGGUUCAGCCCCAUGAAUGAUGAGAAUGUUCUCAAUGCACUACAAAAAGUGCAACUGUACGAUCAUGUCCAGAGCUCCGGGGGACUCGAUGCUAAGAUCGAUCAACUCCCCUUAUCAGCCGGCCAGCGACAGCUCAUUUGCCUCGCUCGAGCUAUUGUUAAGAAGAGAAAAAUCUUGCUCUUGGACGAGGUCACAAGUCGGGUGGAUAAUGAGACAGAUUCCUUGAUGCAAGAGGUAAUACGCACUGAAUUUGCAGGCUGCACUAUUAUUGCAAUCGCGCAUAGGGUUUCUACUCUUCUGGAUUACGAUCAGAUUGCUGUCAUUGAUGGAGGUAAGAUGGCUGAAUAUGGCACACCUAGUGCGCUGUUGGAAGCAUCAGGCUCGCUUUUUCGGCAAUUGUAUGAUCAGCAGAUAUCCAGGUUGUGA